GUUACAUAGGGGUGACAGCUCAUUGGAUAGAUGAGGAAACCUUGGAGAGGAGAUCCACCGCACUUGCUUGCCAGAGAUUGAAAGGGUCACACACCUUUGAUGUCCUGGCAGGCACUCUUGAUGACAUUCAUUGUCAGUAUAGAAUAACGGGAAAAGUGGUAAAAACCACAACAGACAGUGGCUCAAACUUCAUCAAGGCAUUCAGUGUGUUUGGUGAGCAAAGCCAGACUGAGGAAGCAGAGUCCAAAUCAGAUCAAGACUCUUCUGAAGAGCCCAAAGCUGAUUACCUGGACACAUUCAGCAUCCUGGAACAAGACAGCGGUCUUGAGUAUCAGCUUCCUCCACAUCAAAGGUGUGCAUGCCACCUGUUAAAUUUAGUUGCCACAACAGAUGCUGCCUUGGCAGAAAAGAACAAUGACACAUACAAACGGCUAUCACGUGCAGCCUUUGGGAAAUGCCAAGCAAUGUGGAACAAGUCAGGUCGGUCAUACAUGGCAGCAGAAAUUGUUGAAGAUAAAUGCAAGCUCCAGCUCAUCCGACCAAAUAAGACUAGGUGGAACUCUACAUACAUGGCUGUGGAGAGAAUCAUAAGGAUCAUUCAAGAGAAUGGUGAAGAUGCCAUCAGAAAUGUCUGUGAAGAAUUCAAAGUGAAAAUGCUGAGUCCCGCUGAAAUUGUUUUCCUGACUGAGUAUUGCACUGUUAUGAAACCUGUUGUAAAGGCAUUGAACAUUCUUCAGUCUGAGACCAACACACACAUGGGGUGGCUCCUGCCAGUGAUCUUCCAAUUACAAACAAAACUCAUCAGACUGGAGACAUCCUUCAAGAUGUGUCUUCCCCUUAUCAGAGCAGUUCAGGAUGGUGUCCAAAAGCGCUUUGGUGGGAUGAUGCAAGAGCCUGAACUGAUUGCUGCCUCAAUCCUUAAGAACACAUGGACUGAGAGGGGUGAAAUCAUAGAAGCAGGUCUGGUCUAUGUGAGACAACAUCUUGACCAGAUGGCAGAGGCAGCUGUGGAGCAAGUCGGGCAACAUUCAUCAGACGAAGAUGAUUUCUUCUCCUCCAUGAAGUCCAGAAGGUCACAAGGUACAGGGGAGCUAGAUGGGUACCUUGCUUGUAUCUCAAACAAAAUGGAUCUGCUGAACUCAUUUCCACACAUCAAAAACCUUUCUCUCAAACUCAACACUGGUCUUCCUGCCUCAGCCGCCUGUGAGCGUCUCUUCAGCUGUGCUGGACUAUUGUUCACUGCAAAGCGGGCAAGGAUGAACUCUGCUAACUUUGAAAAUCAACUGCUGCUCAAACUUAACAAAAAGUUCAUAUAGUAAGGAUGAACACACAAAUACACUGUAAAGAUAUACAGAAGGGCAGGGAAAUGUUAAAAAAAAUACCAUGUUGUUCAUUUGACGUUUUGUUAUUCCACAGGUCUGUUAUCUGAAAAUGGCACAGUUUUGUCUUAAAUACUUGAAGGUCUCUGACCCAAUUUAGAUUUAAAGUUUUGUAGCACGACCCAUUUGUAUUUAGGAAAAGGAUGCUCUACUGAAUCCAGUUCACAGCCAUAUUCAGUGGUUGUAUUGUUUAAAAUGUUUUAUGAGAUGAUCUGCAAUAAAUGACUCAUAUCUUCCUAA